UAAAAUAAUUCUCCAUUUCUAGGAGUAAAUUAUCGCCGAAUAUAAGGAUCUUUUUCCUUAGAAUACAUUGAGAUUACAUUGCAUGAUGUUACACAUUGCAUGGCUACAGGUUGGUUCAACUUUUAGAAAAACAUUACAUUAUAUAACAAGGAAAGUUUGUUAUGCAAACAAUUCCGACAGGAGGCAUCAUAUCUCUAUAAUAGCAAACAGUAAGUUUACGAGUAAUUAGGCACAGGUACACACUAAGCACUAUUAUAAUAGUGUAAAUUACCGGUAAUCCCACAAGUCAUACAUAGGAUAACCCCAAAAAGUCUGACAUAGUGGCUAACUUCCAUUGUGGUCUACCGACACGUUGUAGUUGAUAAAGACACAAGCGGCAAUUGGAAGCUUAAUUCAAGUUUCCCAUUGCUGCGUGUGUCUUUAAUCAGUGAUAAUGGUUAAAAAAACAAUCUUAAAUGUGGCGGGUUAUGUGGAGUUGGAGGGGUGGAAGGGACGGGGAGGGGGAGAGAGCGGGUCGUCCUGGAGGUUGCUAAUAGAACGAGCAGCUGCACAACCAACAUGGGUUCCCUCCUCGCAGAGUCCUCCUUCUGCCGCCUCUGCGCCACUGAGGCCGAAGAAGGCUUCACCAUCUUCGACGACAGCGAGGAGAAGGGCGCCCUGGCCAUCCUCAUCAACAAAUAUCUGCCGAUCAAGGUUGUUGAUGAUGGGCAAUUACCAGUACGCAUCUGUGAACGAUGUCACAUCGGAGUGGCUGCUACUGUCGAUCUCAUCGAUCGUAUGGUGGAGGGACAGCAGCGACUGCGAGCACUGCUGCAGUCCAAGAUGACAACAGACACCUUGCAAGCAGCUCUCAUCAAUAUACAAGGGAAGUCUCCUGAUAUACCAAUGGAUGACUUGGCUAAAGGUAGCGAAGUAUAUAAAGUGUAUGGUGAGAACCACCCUAUGAGUAUAGCUGUUGAAGGCCAACCCAUCAUCAAGAAGAAAAGAGGGAGGCCUAAAAAAGGAGAGAGACCUCCUAAACCAGCAAUUGAAGAAGAUGCAGCAACAGGCACAGUUAAAGUGGAAUCACUACCUGAUGAAGACCCAACAAAAGAUGUCCCUAGAAGGUCAAACAGAAGAUCCAGCUUGCCUACCAGGUAUCGGGAUUCUAUUGCGGGACGAGAUUUUGAGAAACUUAUGAAUGAUUCUGGCUUAAAAGAAGACCUAGAAGAGUUAGAUGAUAUGGAAGAUGCAGACUACAAGCAGCAGGGGCUGUCUGGACCUACUGUACUAGGAAUGACUGCCAAAGACCACUUGGAUGGUACAAUAAAUGAAAGUUUGGGAAAAAUGGAAGAUGGUGCAAGUAUAGUCAUUGCUCCAGAUUCUGAAGAAUCUCCAUCUGAUCUACCAGUAUCUGUCAAUAUUGAAGUUGAUUUCCAAGAUGAUGGGAAUAUUACCUUACGUGGUAUGGAGGAGUUAAGUGAUAAAGAGAAAUCUUCAGUUCCCUCUGUCAGUUCUGUCCAGAUUACAACAGUAGGCGAGCUCAUCAACGUACCACCAAAAGCAUCAUUUAGUGAACCAACAAUCUUCAGAAAAAAAAGAGGAGCCAAAAAGAAAGCCAAAUGGUUGUGUGACAUAUGUGGCAAGGGAUUCCUACACAAAGGACGAUAUCUCUUACACACUCGCCUUCACAAACAAGUUAUCCUGCAGUGCGAGACGUGCAAGGACAGAUUUUCAACCCGUGAAGACAUAAACAUCCACCAGCAGCAUACUGAACACACUGGCUUAGGAAUCAUUGAAAUUGAGAAAGAAGGAGAGCAAGUGGAGUUUAAGUGCCCACACUGUCCUAGUCGGACCUUUGUAACACAGGAAGGUUAUAAUAACCACGUGGCAAGCAUGCAUGAGGGUGCCAAGCCUUAUGCAUGGUCAAGGGUGUGGGAAAAAAGGUUUUUUGCGUACCAACAGUCUCCGUAA